UCUCAAACCCGGAAACCAAUUAAACACAGUACCCUCUUCAAAACUAGCCAGAGAAAUGGUUCUGAAAUUUGUUUAUAUCAUAAUAAUUUUGAUGAUAUGGUGCAUGUAUCCAUUAACAUCUGCACAGUAUGAGAAUGGGACUAUAACAUCUGCGCAGUACGAGAAUACGACUAUAGCAUCACGACCAGGUUGUGAUAGCAAAUGUGGAAAUGUUUCCAUUCCUUUCCCUUUCGGAAUGCACGAUCCCAAAUGCUAUGCAAGCAACCAGUUUGAAAUAGAAUGCAGACACAAUAACAAUACUUCUCAAGGUCAUCAGAAACCCAUACCCCACCUAAAGUACAUAAAUUUGGAGGUAAUGUAUAUUGAUAUUCAAUACGGUACGGUUGGGAUCAAGAAUCCGAUUUUCCAUCCUGGCUGUGGCAAGACUGUUACAGGCAUAAAUCUUGAAGGCAGUCCUUUCGUGUAUUCCCAGAAUUACAACUCAUUUGUUGGCGUAGGUUGCCAAAACGCCGCCAUAAUGUUGUCAAACGACACGAUACUUACAGCCUGUAUGUCGGUGUGUUACGAGCACCUCGAAAAAGGCAAUGACAUCGACAUUUCGAGUUGUCGUGGCUCCUACUGCUGCGAGACUUCACUGCCGCCGUAUCUUUCAGCAUACAACAUCUCAACUGAAACCGUGGAAGUGAAAAGUAAUAUCAAAGCAGAAUGUUCAAAUUACUUGCUGAUUAGAGCAGAAUAUAGUAACUUCAAGUACGAGUACGAUGAGUACAAUUCCAGUUACUGGGUUCCCACUCUUGGAGACCUAAAGAAACAAAAAGAUGUUCCUGCGGUGCUUGAAUGGGAGAUUCCGAUUCACACGCCCAACAAUUCCUUCCCUGAAUUCCGUACAGAUGCAUAUGGCCAUGGCAGCUACAACUGCAGUUACACUAAUGUUACAUCUUCACUAUAUCCACAAUCGGGUUGGAGAUGUUCUUGCAGCGAUGGCUUCGAGGGAAACCCCUACAUACAAGAAGGCUGUAAAUUAAGUCUCGAUGGACGCAAGAUAAUAAUAGAUCCGACGAAAAGUUAUGGAAAGGUGGCCAUGAUAGGAGUUUUUUCAAGCAUCGGGACCAUCAUUCUACUCUUUGGUUUGUGGCGGUUGCGUAAAGUUGUAAGGAAAAAGAUAGCAAAGAAACGCAAAGAAAAGUUCUUCAAACAAAAUGGAGGAUUGUUGUUAGAACAAAGACUAUCUACUGGUGAAGUUAAUGUUGACAAAACUAAACUCUUUAGCUUAAAGGAAUUAGGGAAGGCCACUGAUCACUUUAAUAUAAACAGAAUACUUGGAAAAGGAGGUCAAGGUACAGUUUACAAAGGUAUGUUAGUAGAUGGAAAAAUUGUUGCAGUGAAAAAAUUUAAGGUCAACGGAAAUGUUGAAGAAUUCAUCAACGAAUUUGUCAUUCUUUCACAAAUUAACCACAGAAAUGUGGUUAAGUUGUUGGGAUGUUGUUUGGAGACUGAAAUCCCUUUGCUUGUUUAUGAAUUCAUUCCCAAUGGUAACCUUUAUGAAUAUUUACAUGGACAAAAUGAUGAGUUACCAAUGACAUGGGAUAUGCGUUUGAGAAUUGCCACUGAAGUGGCUGGAGCUCUAUUUUACUUGCACUCAGCUGCUUCUCAACCCAUUUAUCAUAGAGAUGUGAAGUCAACAAAUAUAUUAUUGGAUAAGAAGUAUAAGGCAAAAGUAGCAGACUUUGGGGCAUCAAGAAUGGUUUCCAUUGAAGCCACUCACCUCACUACUGCAGUUCAAGGAACUUUUGGAUACUUAGAUCCUGAAUAUUUUCAUACAAGUCAAUUGACAGAGAAGAGUGAUGUCUACAGCUUUGGAGUGGUUCUUGUUGAACUUUUAACAGGACAAAAACCAAUAUCCUCAGUGAACGAACAAGGACUUCAAAGUUUAGCUUCAUAUUUUCUUCUUUGUAUGGAGGAAAAUCGUUUUUUUGAUAUUGUUGAUGCAAGAGUCAUGCAGGAAGUGGAGAAAGAACACAUAAUUGUAGUUGCCAAUCUUGCAAGAAGAUGCUUACAGUUGAAUGGGAGAAAGCGACCAACUAUGAAAGAAGUCACAUUAGAAUUGGAAAGUAUCCAAAAACUGGAAAACCAGUGUAAUGCACAAGAGCAACAAGAAGAACUUGAGCUUGCUGGAAAUGAAGAUAGCCAAUUUUGGGCUGCGUAUUCUACAACUUCGACUGCAGGGCAAACUUCAGACAGCAAAACAUCAACCUUGGAGAUUAUGCCUAUUCUUAUCAAAUAAUUGUUGAAUUCUCUUAACUUGUUUUGUUGUGUGUAAAAUUAAAAAUAAAAAUAAAAACAUAUGGACGAAUUUAACGUUCAAAAGCAUAAUUAUGGUAUGAUAGAACCUUGUUCCUUGUAAGCUAUUCAAGGAGGUAGCUUAAAAUAAUCCUCCGAUGAGUUUUCAUCUUUUAUCUUGUUUCGUAUGAAAAUAGACUCAGAAUUUUCCAAA